CAGUUACCAUGAACUCCUGAGGAACCUUCAUCCUCGAUCCAGUCCCCAAACCGAGCACCGAGACCGGCCGCCGCCACCCCUGUCGGCGCCUUCCGCCAUCUCCCACCGCCGGCACCUCUCCCGCCGCCUCCCGCGCAGCUUCGGGGCCCGCGCGGCUGCUGGGCGCCGGGCGCAGGCGGCCUCGGUCCCGGCCGCCACGGGCGUGGGCGCGGGCGAGCUCGGCCCCAGCCGCUGUGGGCGCUCGCGGACCAAAAUGACAUCCACUUUGCCGGAAUCCAUCGCCGCCGUUGGGGAAAUCAACGAUUCCAUCCACAUCCGUCGCCUCGAGCUGUCUGACCACGAGAGGGGCUUCGUCGCCCUGCUCUCCCAGCUCUCCGCCUGCCCGGAUCUCACUGCGUCCGAGUUCGCCACGCGCUUCGCCGAGCUCGCGGCGCAAGGCGAGGACCACGUCAUCCUAGUGGCCGAGGACACCUCCGCCCCGGAGCGGCGGAUUCUCGCCACGGGGUGCCUCUUCGUGGAGCGCAAGUUCCUGAGAGGCGGCGGCAAGGUGGGCCACGUGGAGGACGUGGUGGUCGAUGCCGCCGCGCGCGGCAGUGGGCUCGGGCUCCGCAUCGUGCGCCGCCUCGUCGAGAUCGCCAGGGACGCCGGCUGCUACAAGAUCAUCCUAGACUGCACUCCUGAGCUGCGCGCCUACUACGCCAAGUGCGGGUUUGUGGAAAAGGGGGUUCAGAUGGCCAUCUACUUCUGAACCUCAACCAGACUUCCAGAGACAUCUGAACAUCCUAUCAUGUAUGGGUGUUGAAGAACACUGUGAGCUUCAUGAAGCUCUUUGGAAUAAUGAGUUGCACAAGGGGCAGGUCGGACUUCCUUGUGGUUGCCAUUCAUCAAGAUCGCAAUAUGAUUUUCUUUCUUCAACCCUGGAACCAACUAAUAGCAUACGACAUGGACAGCAAGGAAGUGAGUGUUACUACCACUUUUGAACAUGGAAAUUGGGAUGCAAGAAUUGCUCCUUAUAUACCCUAUUUCUCGGAGUCACUGGCACUCACAAACAAGCACUGAAAAGUGUAUGCUCUUACUAUGGAGCAGCUAGCAGCUUGGUUUGGUUGUAGUAAACUUAGGUGUGGUGUUCUGUCUCUGCUUGGAUGUGUUCCUUUUUAUGCUUUUGGUCUAAUUAGUACUGCAAGCCUGCUGAUACUUUCAUAUGUUGCAUGUCUGUGCUUGCAAUGUAUCCUAUCUCAUGCUCUUGGUCUUAUUAUACCGCAAGUGUCCUGAGAUGUUCAUGUAGUGUUCUUUCCGAAUGCUAGUUGUAUCUAUGACCGCAGUUCUCCCAGUUGAACAAUUUAGAUGUUUUGUGUUGACGUUAGAUGCUUCAAAAGCUACCUUUUGUGUUUCCAGAAUGAUAAUCGUCUUCUUGAAGCCUUCA